GUCACAAUAUUAUACUAUUGACGUCUCGUUUCCUCUCAACGGUUGGGUUUAUCUCGUCGUCAAAAAGAAUGCAGUAGGGUUUAUCUGCCCUUUCUCCGUGGCUCUUCCACCGCAUGCCAAGAUUCAUUACUUCGAGUCCAGGCUUCUUAAGGACCCGAAAUGAGUAAAUUGGCUAAAUUCUCAAGUAUGGAUAUGAUCAGUGAUCUGCCUCAAAGCAUUAUUGAUAUUAUUCUGACAAAACUGCCUAUAAAGGAUGCUGUAAGAACCAGUGUUUUGUCUAGCAAGUGGAGGUAUCAAUGGACAACCAUGACAGAACUUGUAUUUGAUGAAAAAUGUUUGAGUCUUUGCGAUGACAAAAAAGUUGCCGAGAAAGAAUUCGUAGACUUUAUCAUGAGAUUUCUUAUGCUUCAUAACGCCCCUAUUCAAAAGUUCAAACUUUCUACAUCGUACUUGAAAAAGUCUACCGACAUUGAUCAAUGGCUACGUGUCAUAUCAAGGACAGAUAUAAAAGAGGUGGUUCUUGAUGUUUAUGGAAAGGAAUGGGAGUGGGAUAACCCAAGGUUAUCCAUACCACGUAGUAUAUUUACUUUCCGAAAACUGACCAGGUUGACGCUUUCUGCAUUUACAGUCAAGCCUCCUUUUGGAUUUCAAGGAUAUCCAUGUUUAAAGUACCUUGAGCUAGAUGGUGUUACGAUUGGUCUUGAGGUUAUUGAAAAAUUUAUUUCAGGUUGCCCUCUUCUUGAAAAGUUUAAAUUCAUUAAUAUUAUGGAUAAGCUAGCUUUGACCAUUCGUGCCCCAAAUUUGAAGCAUCUUACUGUGGCUGGAAAUUUUAAAGACUUAUAUCUUGAGCAUACCCCUCUUGUGGCUGCUAUCAGCAUAGACUUCUGUCCAGUGGUUUGGAGAGGUGAUAUCCUCAGGAAGGUUCCAUUUACAUAUGAUUAUCUAGAGUCCAUUGAAAUUAGAAAAAUGGAUUUUAAAGACUUGGAUAAAGUGUUGUAUGUUCUUCACCUGCUUUUGCAGUCCCCAAAUCUAAAAGAACUUCAAAUCUCAUCCCCUGAUCUUGAAGAACAUUAUAUAUAUUAUUCUGGUGAAGACGAUCCUGGUCAUUAUAAAAAUGCAGAUUUUGACAUUUGGGAGAGGAAAUGUCCUGCCGAUUUCACAUUUAAACAUCUUAAAACAGUAAAGCUGGCACACAUUUCAACCCAAAAUGACAAGGAAUUUGUCAGAUUUGUGCUUGGUCGAUCUCCGGUACUUGAGGUGAUUAGCAUUUCACCUGAUUAUGAAUAUGGCGAAGCCAUGAAAAUGGUGAACGAAGUGCUGCGUUUUCCUCGAGCUUCUCUGAAAGUUAACAUAAAUUUCUUUGAUGAGGCACCUUAUCUGUAAUGAUAUCUUGCAUUUUCCUUCGCCUUUGUUUUUUAGCUGCUUUAGUUGUCAGUCAUUGGUACUAAUUGCAUACAUGGAAACAAUCAGUUUUUGCAAAAUGUGGAUACUAGAAAAGAAAAGACUUUGUUUGGGAUC